AUGCAAUCACUUCUCAUUCUUGUGAAUUAUGGUGGCACGGCUUGUACUUGUGGUGAGGCGUAUCCUGAGGGCGCGAAUAAGGAUACUUAUGUUUGCAAGUGUGGUGCUAAAUGUCCUAGUGCUAAGUAA